UAUUUUGGCUAGUUUGACUUAAAUCAACAAUUAUAAUCCAACUCUCUACUUUACCGGGAACAAACAUAUAAUCUUCCAUAAUAAUAAGUUUAUUUGAGAUUGCUUUAAUAAAUAAGUCAUCGAGGGGGAGACUUAAGGAAAUGUGAAGCACAGGUCUUAGCAUUUCAUCUCUCCCAAUAAUUUAUACUAAUUUAGAAUAUUAUGGGAUAUCUUCCAAAUUCAUGGUUUCUGGAUUGUUUAACCAAUUCAAGUGAUCCACAAAAUAAUUAACUGUGUCUUCUUUUACAAAUUGAUGAGCAUACAAGAACCGCAAUAGUACAGAAUCAUUUUGAACUCUCAAACAUUAUAAGAUUAUCAAUACUCUUUUAGAUACUCAACAGGAAUUGAAUCAAGAUAUAACUUAAAUUCUUAUAAUUGUUGAUUCUCAUAAACGUCAUAUUGAACAUUCUUAAAGAUUCUACGAAGACUUCCACUCUUGAUGUAAUUGGCUUAGAAUAACAAAUGUAAUAAUUACAAUCAAUAGAUAAGGCAG